AUGGAGACAUCCUCCUCGGGACUGAGAACUGGCAAGUGGUGUAAAGAAGAAGAUGAUCUUCUCAAGGCCUGUGUUCUUAAGUAUGGUGAAGGAAAAUGGCACCUUAUUCCUCAGAGAUCAGGCUUGAAAAGAUGCAGAAAAAGCUGUAGGCUGAGGUGGUUAAACUAUCUGAAACCGGACAUCAAGUGGGGAGACUUCUCUGAGGAUGAAAUUGAUAUGAUGAUCAGGCUUCACAGACUCCUGGGAAACAGAUGGUCACUGAUAGCUGGAAGGCUUCCUGGAAGAACACCAAACGGUGUGAAAAACUACUGGAACACCCAUAUGAGUGAGAAGGGACGAGUUAUUUCAUCUCAGGGGAGAGAGGUGGAAGAAAAAGCACAGGAAACAACCAUGAGAAGCCGUACACCAACAGCAAUAAAACCUCAAGGUUUCAGGUUAUCGCCAUCAAGAAGCUCAUCGUCUUGGUGGAGAAAUAAGAAUCCAGAUGGUGGUGAAGUUAGCGAAGACAAAAGUGCAAGCAGUAGUAGUGGGCCAGAUGAAGAGCAAAACCAGAAGCAGGUAGAUGAGGAGUCGGUGGAGUGGUGGAAAUGCUUGCUUCUUGAUGAUAACGACAUUGAGAACGAAGGUCAAGAGAAAAUUGGCUCAUCAUUAUCAACAUCAUCAUCAACGUCAUCCACGGAGCAAGAUGGCAAGUCUGAUCAAUUCUGGGACCAGCAACUUACUUGGACUGAUGACUUUCCUCUAAUCACCACUCUCCCGGAUUUUCUAGCCUAAAUUAUUUCCAUUACUUACUGUUGUGGGAAAUAAAUAUUUGUAUGUUCUCUUCAUCAAUGAUAAGUCUCAUUGCAUAUCCA